AUGGAGAAACUCCCACUCGAACUGAAGCAGCGCGUCUGUAGCUUCCUUCACGCCAAUCCCAAGCUCCUCAAGCCAAUCCGCCUCGUAUCAAAGCAAUUCGCUGAUGCAGCUGCACCUUAUCUGCUACCACGCGUCUUCCUCGUCAAACAUCGAGACAGCUGCGCUGAAGUGCGCGAGAUAGCUGAUCACCCUAUCUUCAGCAAGCACGUUAACACCCUAGUUGUCGACCCCAGUAACUUGAAGAACCACAAGUCGUUCAAGAAGUGGUGGUCCAAUGCAAACAAGAAGUUUGAUGCCGCCGUAGAGAAAGUCACCAAGACUUUGACGAAGUCGCAAGCGCAAUACUGGAAGGCUCAACGUCAGAUUGCUACAUACCAGUCUACCGAAGUAUUUCAACGUUGCUUCUUGGACACUAUCUUUUAUGCCUUCGAAAUGUGCCCCAACCUAGUCAACAUCGUCAUCAGUCCUACGCGGUCGGGUCCGAGCCAUGUCAUCCUCAAGCUGCUCACUAUGUUCAAAAGCAUACAUCCGCACCUAGCUGCAUGGGUCGAUGCUGAAUCUCAUGACCCUUUCCAGUUCGGUCUUGCAGAGGUACUGGCGGCUGCAAACCACAAGAAUGCGGGCCUGCAUUCUUUGACCAUCGUCGAUCUUCCUUUUAAGUGUGCAGACUACACCAAGGUUGACAGCUUCAAAUCUUUCGAACAUCUCAAGCAUGUCCGCAUUGGCUACGGUCGUCUACCCAACAACCCAAAGACCAUGUUCGGUUUCAAUCUCGAAGAAGCAAUCGGCAAGGCAACAUCUCUCGAAACCCUUUGGAUAGAUGCGCCACCUCGUAGAAGAAACAUGUUCAACGGAGAUGCGAUGUUGAGCGCACUCAACUCAGAGUCCCUUCGUGAUGUCCUCCUUGAUGAUAUUGUUGUUACCGAAGAUGUUCUGGUUUCUUUCCUUCUUCGCCACUCUCAGUCGUUGCAGCAGCUGGACUUCGGCCUCGCUUUGAGCGCUGGAAAUUGGAGCUCGGCAAUCAGGCGCAUCUCGUGCCAGAUGACCGCACUAAAGAGAGUUCAGAUCGUUUCUAUCUGCGAGUUAGACGGAGAAGAAGAAGUGACUCAGUACUCUCCAAAAUGGUGCUCGGAAGCACGAGAAUUCAUUUUUCAUGGAGGUUUACUCCCAGAGCCUUUGCCGUACGAUGACGACGAGGACUACGACAAUUUCAAGGAAUACUUCGAAGAGCCUCUGAGAAAUUAUGACGUGCCUGAGGAGGGAUUGUGGGAAGAUUACGACGGCAAUGUUAACACCUGCUACUGA